UGCUGUUACUCCGUAUCAACCAAAUUUCAACAAAAAAAUAGGUGGUCAGGAGCAAGAAGGCGUCGUGGAUGCUUUGUCUGACCAACAGAGGAAGAGAGAAUGUAGUCUUCACAUAGAGCACGGUGGACGAUAGAAUGGAGUUGCAGAAGCCUGGCGUGAGCCUCGGGCAACUGCUCGACAAUAUGUUGCAGAAGACAUACCACGAUCUUUCCGUGUUAGCUGAAUUGCUUCCUCGCAAGCAUGACAUGGAAAGGAAAAUUGAGAUUGUGAAAUUUGCAACGCGCAUCAGGAAGCAGUUUAUUCGCUUGCUUGCCUUGGUGAAGUGGGCAAACUCGUCUCGAUGCAUUGAACAGUGUCAGGAGGUGACAAACUUCUUUGAGAAGCAGUCCAUGUUCUGUGCCAGUACUGCUGAUCAGUUGCACCAUCUUGCCAAGGGAACACUUGUAGCUGCCAGGUUGCCAAACUUUUCGUUGCCAGUGGCCGUUGAUGUGUUGGCGACUGGAACUUACUCGCGUCUUCCUGCUUGCCUCAAGGAUAAAAUUAUACCAGAGUGCCCGCUUUCCCCGACCACCGACCAAAGCACCAAGGACAAUUUGGAAUCGAUUAUUUAUCAACGUCUCUUGGCUGAUGGCUUGCCCAAGGAGCUAUUUGACCUCUCUGUUGAUGAUGGGCGCGUGACAUUUGUUGUCCAUGAUGAGUUUGAGGUGGCGUUGACUGUUGUCAGUUCGGAUUUCGCCCUGCCAUGGCGCCUUCUGUCCUUGAAAAUCCUCGUCAAGGAUCCAGAGCGUCCCAAAGAUACGCUGGUUCUUCCCGAGCAAGUGGAUUUUCUCCAUCGCCUUGCUCAGGCGCAGCUCUUCGUUCCGGAUUCAAACCCACUCAUGGAAAUGUACAAGCUGCUGCAUUCGUUCACUGUGUCUCUGCAGUUAGAGGUCUUGCACAGUCAGGCCCGUCGUUUGAUGGAGGACAACCCGCGGCAGUGUGCAGGUAUCACGUCAUACCGGCCUGCCAGUGAACUCUCCUUCGAGUACUGGAAACCUCCAACUGCGCCAUCAUCAUCAACUGGAACUGCUCCAACUUCGUCUGCAUCUUCUCAACAGACAACUGCAGCUGCAGACAAGCCAGCAUCAGAGCACUGUCAGCUACGAGUAUGCGUUGAGAAUUCUGAAGCAGACACAUCGUCUUUACCACGUCUCAGCGUGGUCCAUACACCUGCUCUGCCCACAGUCGACAUCAAGAGCGGCGACUGUCAUCGCUGGCAACCCCUUGCUAUCAAUCUCGGUCACCUCUCCAUUGAGGCUCUGCUGCGCCAUGCUGUGGAGGUACGCAGUGUGGCACGUCUGCAUCACCUCUACAACUACCUGCGCCAGUUCCGACUCUACAGCGAUCGCCUCUGCCUGGAUGCAGACUCUCUCCAGCUGCUAUUGGAGCUGAACGACUUCCCUUCAGCCAAGCUAUCACUACUGAUCGUUCUUGACUCGCAGGUGGGAACGUUCUCAGCCAAGCUUUUGCCGUCGGACCCCAUGCGACUUGUAGAGUCACUGGGCAUAAACCAUCUGCUGAACAGGCAAUUGUCCACCGAGCUGCUGUCACAGGUGGAUCGUUUGCGUGCGCGGUCCGUGCUCUGCCGCUGCAAGCAGCAGAUGCAGUCUAGAGGCUGGAAUGUGUACACACGCUUGCCCAUGGCCCCGGUUUCGGCUUCAGUGCUUGCCAAGCUGGGACCGGAUCAUAUCUUCAUUAAGCUGGCGUUGCAUCACAUCUGCUUUCUCGUCAUAGAAAUUGUAAGCCCAAAAUCGGGUGUUGCUAGCUCCCUAGACCUGCGCUGCCAUCUGCUGCAGACAGGCCCUGUUCCGUAUGGUCUGCAAUCCACAGCCACCAGUAGCGGCAGUAGUACGUCUAGCAGCAGUGACCAGCAGCCGGGAUUUUUAAAUGCUCAACUCUCACCGUUGGAUGCGUCGCUGUACAUUGGCAAGAGUAUUGAUGAUUGCCCUACUUUAGCCCAUGGACCAAGGCGAAAGGUGCCAUGUCUCCUGGGAGAGCAUAGCAUCGACACGGCCCAGCUGCGUGUUGGUGAAGUCAACGUUCCAGCCAGGCGCAUCAUCCCCGAUGUUCAGUGGAUUGACCUACUGUGUGAUCUGACUGAAGAUCUCGUUCCGUUCUCCACUAUGCUAACUCAGCUUUCAUCUGCAGGAUUUUCGCACGCCCACUUACGUGUUGAUCGGGAGUUGGGUAUAUCCAUCCACAUCACACGGUUUCCAACUGUGCCGAAUUUUUCGGAAAGUGCUGCACGCCUUUCGGAGAGCUUGCUUAGCUGUCAGGUGGUGGCUCCAUUUUCAAGGAAUGCUACAUACGUAGCCAUUUUUCAGUUCCUGGACUGUCCUGUGGAGUCGUCAGUACUUCAUGAGAAAACCUCUGUUCGCCGUCUGGUCCAACACAUACCGCAAGGGCAGCCUCCAACCACGUUUCUUCAGCAUUUCUGGAGCAGCCUGGUCCAGUUGUACAGUUCCGUGUUGGAGUUUUCAGCCUACUAUUCCGACAAGUCCUGUGACACGUUCAGCCAAUGUGCCGUUGUCUCAUUCAACUAUCGAAGCCUGGUGUUGGCAUACGGACCUGCAUUCAGAUUUAGGGUGGUCAUCACGCUGAAACAGCUGCAUUUCCGUCUAGAGUUCCAGGUUCUCGUGGAGUCUAUUCGGCAAAAGGUUGUGGCAGAACGACCGCAUGGCUCUGUUCCGCCGGACUAUCGAGAAGCGAGGCUUGCAGUUCGCAAUCCGCACUCCUUCCUUGGUGACUGGCUUUCUACUCGUCUCUCUGGCACCCGCUCCAUUCCUCUUAUAGUUCAAGGUCUGCAUCACACACUGCCGCCACUUCUAGCCAUGUCUAACCUCUCGGCCAUUCCGGACCUUAGUGUCAGUGAGACCGAGCGUCAACCGCGGAAGCAUAUCAGUGUGCAUGCGCGUUCACCAACGUCCUUCCUUCUCAUCUACAGAGGAGUGUAUCACAUUGAAGUUCAAAUGAAGAUGGAUGGAGUGCUGCUUGUGAGAGACUGUGGCUACAGCGCACGUGCCAAAGCACAGAAUGCCUCGCCCGUACAACCAGUACCACACUUGAAGGAUUUCAUUUUGCUCUUCAUGGCGGCAAACCAUCCGAAUCGGGGUGCCUUGAGCUUCGGUGCACCGGGAAAGUUUGUGGUUGGUUCUAAUAUGGCUGGUCUGUUUACACCGACCAUCCCACUGACGCCGACCAUUGAUAUGUCCGCAGAGCAAGCAACGGCUUUAUCAGCGUCCUCAACUGUGAUGAAGUCGGAGCCCAGCGUUGUGACUUCCUGUGCUGCCGCUACCGGAGCUGCCGCCGUUGGCACGAACGGAGUCAUUGACGACAUUGACGUCAGUGCGCUGAUCCGUGACCUGCAUGCUGGCGCUACAACCGGCUCCAGUACGGACUCACCCCGACCGCCACCUUCUACAGAGGCGCUUGCUAACCUUGAUGACGUAACGGCGGCAACACCGGGAGGCACAUCGAUUCUGGACAUGUUCUCACCGAGCUUUGUCGACUCUUCACCGGGUAACAUGGCAGCCCCGUCUCCAGCUACCAUCAAGGCCAUCACUGGUAUGAAGCCCAUUUCGGUCAAUUCUCCAGCUCUGCCCUGGGCGCACAAUACCCCGGAUGCAGCAGACUUCUCUGCAGCUGCUGGCACUGGUGCUGACAGUGUGAUGGACGUGGGCUACGACUCUGGAUGGAACAUGCAGUGGUCACUCAAUGACGGCACCGGUGACGCUAACCUCAUGGACGUGCUGUCGACGGAUGCGCUGGGUGUGCAGGCCACGCAGCCUCGCGCAGCCAGCACUGUGCUGUCUCCACCGCCACUCGGCUUGCCGUCACUGCCAGCCGCCAGUUCCACCGCCGCCGCCACCGCUAGCUUGACCGAGCAGACCGCCACCGCUACACAGCAAGGUCACACAUCCGCGCAAGCCUCACAGCAGGCUCACCUGAGCUCGCAAGUGUCUGUAAGCUAUGCAUCUCGUCGCCCCAGCAUAGCUGUCACUGUUGCCGAGACUGCGCCACCCGUUAGCACUGUGGAGGAGAGGAUCACACCGCCAGAACACAUUCGCAAGAUCAUUGCCCGCCAAAAAGGAAGCGAAUCGCGCAGCUCUUGGGAAGCGUCAUCUCCCACGUUAAUCAAUCACCGCUGUUGGUUUGAGUUACUACGAGAGCGCAGUGUUUCCAGUUCCGACUCUCCGGUUGCAGCAGCUUUGCUGGCAAAGGGCGAGUCUCAGGACAGUGGCAUUGGCAGUAUGGAGUCUGUUGAUCUAAAACUUACUGAAGAGAAUCGUUCCGAGUUCUGGACGAGUCCCCUGGAAGGGUUUCUGACGUCUUCGCAUUUGUUCCAACAAUGGCGUGGUGUGGUGCAGGAUGCAGCUCUCCAGUUUCAUGAAGUCACCUCACAGCCUUUGUCGUUAACAGUUGCGGCAGACAACGGGCUGCAGUGUCGCAUUUGGCUUGACCUGAACUGGCCGUUCAUGCUGCAGGCAGCUCUUGAGGCAUCGGCGACAACGAGCACCAGUGAGGCAGCAGCAGCGACGACAGCUACAGCAUCAGCAUCAGGCAACUCAAUCAAAGCAGAUGAUCUUCAAGUGAUCGAGAAGUUAUUCAUGCUUCGGGUGUCAAGACCGCCGUACCGACACAAUGCCUUGGUGUCGUUUGCUCGGCUGAUCACUCUGAAAAAGGAGCUGCUGGAAGAUGUCGUACAAAUCUUGCACAUGGGCAUGAAGCCCGACCUUUCAUUGCCAUGGAGGCCCGAACUAUGUCUUGUGACACCCCCGAGUGUAUGUUGUCCACCGUUAGCAACUCCUGGUGGCCCAGCCAUAGCAUGCACCAGCAAGCUACUCAUCCUGGUGAAUCUGCAGGCUACAGAUGUCAAUACGGCGUACACUCAAAGUAUGGAUGCUGCUCGACCGGUUGUCCUACCGUUUGUCUUUGAUCCUGCUGCGAAUACCGUCGAGUACAAGGAUUUUGCGUCCUCUACGGAAUCCAAUAGUCUGCCCACAACGCCCAUUGCUCCGCUCAGCUUUAACAAGAGAGUCUCCAAUGCUGUCAAAGAAGCCAUGACUGCUUGGCAGUCUCAGCGUGAUUCUGCAGCAACAGACCAGUCGUAUUUAUCGUCCGCCAUCCGUCACCUCUGCACAAGUCUACACUUAGCAGCCGCAGACCAGUAGUAGCAGUAGUAGCAGUAAGAGAGUAUCUCCAGACCAGUAGUAGCAGUAAGAGAGUAUCCUCGUCCUCCCUACGCUGAGACCGUCAUAUACCGGUACAUGUACGCGCAUGAUGCCAUGCACAGGCACACAUACAGUACAGUGGCAUGCAAUUUUCUCCCUUUCUCUAGACUGAUGAAACCUCAUAUUUUCACUUUUCAGCCAUACUCAGUUUCUGAUUCCCCACAAUAAAAAAACUACACUAUAGAACAUUUCAUGAUCAUCCUCCUCUAGUAAAUUUUUAAUAGGCUUUUGUAUAUUUUAUGACGCUCGUUGAAAUGACUGUACCGAGUGCACAGAAUGCAGAAGUCUUGAGCAUUUCAUGACUACAUGUACUUCUGUAUUCUGCUUAUACAGCACUAUUGUAGUGUAGGCUGUCUGUAUGGGGCAACAUGUGGUGUGUCCUCCCAUUUUUUGCAUCACAUGUCUCUCUCCCCCCCCCCCCCUCCUCGUGUCCUUGAAUGUACAUGCAAGAAUGGUCCCGGCGUAUUGCUAUCGUCUUGUGUUAUUAUGUUGCGCUUCUCUAGGUGGUCAUCUGUCUUCUUUUCAUCUUCGUCCUCUCUCCCUCUCUCUCUCUCUCUCUCUCUCUCUCUCUCUCUCUCUCUCUCUCUCUCUCUCUCUCUCUCUCUCUCUCUCUCUCUCUCUCUCUCUCUCUCUCUCUCUCUCUCUCUCUCUCUCUCUCUCUCUCUCUCUCUCUCUCUCUCUCUCUCUCUCUCUCUCUCUGUUUUGGCUUUGCUCAACCGAAUGUAUUUUAAAAACUUUUAUUGGAAUGAAACUCAGCGGGUGAAAUGCUUUUUUGAUUUGAUUUUGCUACUUCAUGCUAUAGAUUUGAUGUGCUGCUGUUGCUCAGGGAACGUCUGGUAGCUCUUCAGUUUCUGGCUACCAUCUCAGUUUUGUCUACAUGAACUUGUACGGGCAUUAAACUACUGAAUCUUG